AUGUGCUUUCUUUUCGUCGGAGCUCAGGCAAGCGGCAUUCUGGUCUCGCUGACCGGAUUGCCCGAUAUGCUGGGAAUGCUGUUUUGGGGCGUGCUAUACACCAACAUUGGCUGGGCGGACUUCGAGGGGCUGCAAAAGCUGGAAUGUUUCCUGAGAGAUAUGACCCUCAUUAACACGAUGCUGAUAGCUGGACUUGACUUCGACUAUGAGUCGCUGAGGAAACUCUUUCGUUUCAUUAUGCAGCUGACCCUCGUCCCGAUGAUAGCUGAGGUGGCGGCGAUCGCAGGACUUUCUAGAUAUCUGUUAGACCUACCGUGGCUCUGGGCAGUUUUGCUGGGUCUGGUGGUAACCGCAGUCGCACCAAACGUUGUAAUUUCAAUACUGCUGCGCGUCAAGGGAGAACGCCUUGGGUUGAAUAAGGGAAUCCACAAAUUGAUUGUUGCCAUGACAAUCUGCAAUCAUAUUAUUGUAAUCUUUCUGAUUGGCGUUAUGCUGGGAGUAAUAUUUUCCACAGGUAACCUGAUGAGCCAGAUACUGCAUGGUCCAAUCGGUAUUGUAAUUGGUGUCGCGUUUGGUAGCGCUUGCGGUGUCGGGUUGCGCUACAUACCAUCUCAUCAAGCGAAAUAUGCCAACGGGUUGCGUUUCUCGAUGGCGGUUCUCGCUGGGACACUUUCGAUAGUUGGGAGCAAGCUCAUCGGGUAUCCCUCGGCCGGUGUCCUAGGGUGUGUACUGACGACCUUUGUUGCCGGAAUUGGUUGGAAAAAACGCCCUGAUUACGACACAAAUGAGGUCGGAAUGUACCUGGACUUGCUGUGGAAGUUUCUGAAGCCGGUUGCGCUUGCUCUAAUCGGAAAAGAGGUCAACUUUGCGGUGAUCGAGGGUAUGACUAUUCUAGGCGGUAUCCUCACUGUGAUUGUUGGAGCUGUUAUCCGUUUGGGUUUCUCUUAUCUGGCAGUGCUAGGGAGUGAUUUGAAUCGUAAGGAAAAGAUUUACGUAGCGCUUUCGGGUUUCCCGAAGGCAACCGUUCAAGCUGCCCUCGCACCUGCCGCUAUGGACAUGGCACGCAAUUUGAACGCCGUUGAGGAAUAUCCUCGUGCCCACACAGUGCUCAUUGUUACCGUUUUGGCCAUAAUCCUUACCACUCCCUUGGGAGCCUUUCUUAUGAUAAAAUUGGCAUCCAAAUUGCUGAAACGGGGAUCGGCUGAGGGCGAUGACAAUAACGAGCUUGCAACGAGUACUUAA